AUGAAGGAAAAGAUGAAGAGAAAGUUCUUCAAUGGCUGCCCUCUCUGGAUCCACAGCACGGCGGCCUUGACACACCACUCCACCAAAGUUCUUUCUAGCCGGACUACCUGGGUGUACUCCAUCAACAAUGUCCUCAUGUCUCUCUCAGGAAAGACCCUCCACCUGUAUUCUCAUAGCAUCCUGGGCCUGCUGGAACGGAAAGAGGCCAGAGCAGGAAUCCCCAUUGCUCACAUCAGUCCCCACCGGCUACUAGUAAGGAAGAACAUGGUCUCCACUAAGAUCCAGGAUACCAAAGGCUGCCAGGUGUGCUGUGUUGUCACAGGCCGCCUGUCAGAGCUCCAGAUCAGCUAUGUCUGCCGGGAAGUGCUCCAUGGACUGGCCUAUCUACACUCACAGAAGAAGAUACACCGGGACAUCAAGGGAACCAACAUCCCCAUCAACGACCCUGGGGAGGUCAGACUGGCUGACUUUGGUAUAUCGGCCCAGAUCGGGGCCAAACUGGCUCGACGCCUCUCUUUCAUUGGGACACCCUACUGGAUGGCUCCGGAAGUGGCGGCCGUGGCCCUGAAGGGGGGAUACAACUAGCUGUGUGAAAUCUGGUCUCUGGGCAUCACAGACAUGGAAUUAGCCGAGCUACAGCCACCACUCUUUCACGUUCACCCUCUCAGAAUUCUCUUCCUCAUGACCAAGAGUGGCUAUCAGCCUCCUCGGCUAAAGGAAAAAGGCAAAUGGUCGGCUGCCUUCCACAUCUUCUUCAAAGUCACCCUCACCAAGAGCGCCAAGAAAUGACCUGGCGCCACCAAGAUGCUCAGUCACCGACUGUUGUCCCAGCCUGGGCUAAACAGAGGCCUGAUCCUAGAGCUUCUUGACAAACUGAGGAACCCAGGGAAGGGGGCAGCUGUUGGCGAGAUUGAAGAUGAGGAGCCUGAGCUACCCCCCGCCAUCCCUCGGCGGAUCUGAUCCACCCAUCGAUCCAGCUCUGUGGGGAUCCCAGUUGCGAACUGCUGUCGGCGGCACAUAGAGUUCAUGAUGCUCAGAGGCAUGUAGUCCAGACCCACAGCUGACAAGGCUCGCUUACAACCCCCUGGAGGCUUCAAGAGCAGCAGUCCUAGGAGGAACCUGUCAGAGUCCGAAGAUGACUACGACAACGUGGACAUCCCCACCCUCGCAGAAGACAUACCUCCUCCUCUACCCCCCAUACCCAAGUUCCGUUCUCCAUCUGUCGAGGGUCCUGGGGAGACUGCGGAUGAGGGGCAGCUGAGCCCAGGAGUACUGGUCCACUGUGCCAGUGGGCCUCGCCACACACCCCAACUUAAGCCUCCCGCAGUCACCCGAAGCCCCCACCUAACCGCUCAUGCAGAACCUUCACUCUGGAACCCAGCCCUCCGGGAGCCUGACCAGCCCCCGCUGUUGCCCCCCAUGAAGGAAAAGAUGAAGAGAAAGGGUUGUGCCCUUCUCCUAAAGUUGUUCAAUGGCUGCCCUCUCCGGAUCCACAGCACGGCGGCUUCGACACACCCCUCCAACAAAUACCAGCACUUACUCCUGGGAGCUGAGGAAGGCAUUUUCAUUCUGAACCGAAAUGAUCUGGAGGCCACGCUGGAGAUGCUCUCUUCUAGCCCGACUACCUUGGUGUUCUCCAUCAACAAUGUCCUCAUGUCUCUCUCAGGAAAGACCCCCCUCCUAUAUUCUCAUAGCAUCCUGGGCUUGCUGGAACGGAAAGAGGCCAGAGCAGGAAGCCCCAGUGCUCACAUCAGUCCCCACCGGCUCCUAGCAAGGAAGAACAUGGUCUCCACUAAGAUCCAGGAUACCAAAGGCUGCCAGGCGUGCUGUGUGGCGGAGGGCGCUAGCUCCGGGGGCCCGUUCCUGUGUGGGGCAUUGGAGACAUCCGUGGUCCUGCUUCAGUGGUAGCAGCCCGUGAACAAGUUCCUGCUGGUCCGGAUAGGGGGCCUCGGCCCGCAGCAGGUGCUCUUCCCGCUACCCACGCCUCUGCCGGUGUUCUCACUGCUGACCGGGCCAGGCUCCGAGCUGCCCGCCGUGUGCAUCGGCGUGAGCCCCGGGCAGCCGGCGAAGUCGGUGUUCUUCCACGCCGUGCGCUUCGGCGCGCUCUCCUGCUGGCGGGGCGAGAUGAGCGCAGAGCCCAAGGGACCAGUACAAGUGACUCAGGUCGAGGAAGACAAGGUGGGAGCCAACAUCCCCAUCAACGACCCUGGGGAGGUCAGACUGGCUGACUUUGGUAUAUCGGCCCAGAUCGGGGCCACACUGGCUCGACGCCUCUCUUUCAUUCGGACACCCUACAGGAUGGCUCCGGAAGUGGCGGCCGUGGCCCUGAAGGGGGGAUACAACGAGCUGUGUGACAUCUGGUCUCUGGGCAUCACAGCCAUGGAAUUAGCCGAGCUACAGCCACCACUCUUUCACGUUCACCCUCUCAGAAUUCUCUUCCUCAUGACCAAGAGUGGCUAUCAGCCUCCUCGGCUAAAGGAAAAAGGCAAAUGCCCAGCCCUCUGUCUGCUGACCGCCUCCUCCUCCCACCCCCAGCACCGACUGUUGUCCCAGCCCGGGCUAAACAGAGGCCUGAUCCUAGAGCUUCUUGACAAACUGAGAAACCCAGGGAAGGGGGCAGCUGUUGGCGAGAUUGAAGAUGAGGAGCCUGAGGCUCGCUUACAACCCCCUGGAGGCUUCAAGAGCAGCAGUCCUAGGAGGAACCUGUCAGAGUCCGAAGAUGACUACGACAACGUGGACAUGUUAGAGAGCGCCACAGACCCCACCAAGCCCCACCAUCCAUGA